UGGUGAUGGAGCUUGGGGUGCAGCCAAGGAGCACUUUAUCUUUUUUUUGAGUUGGAGCAGUCGAAAGUUCAGGCAAAUGCAGUCGCCCUGGGCACUGCCAUAGCAGCUUGUGAGGCAGCUGGACAAUGGGAGAUUGCUUUGCAGUUGAUGGUGGCCCAUGAAGAGAUCCUGGACCUUGCGUGCUUGAAUUGCGGCAUCAGUUCCUGCGAACGUGGCAGCAGAUGGCAGCAUGCAUUGGUUCUUUUUGCGAAAGCACAGCUGCCAAAUGACUCUACCUACAGUGCUGCAAUGCUUGCAUGUCGCAAAGCUAAUCAGUGGCAGGUAGCUUUGAGCCUGUGGACAGAACGGAGAGCAGUUUCUCCGGCACCAACAUCAAUCACCUGGAGUGCAGCUGUUAGCACGGCGGAAUCUGGCAGUCAGUGGCAAUUGGCGCUUUUCUUACUGCAGGAAUGUGGAGAUUCCUUUUUGCAAGUGGACGGAAUUAUAUACAGUGCAGCAAGCAGUGCUUGUCAAAAAAGUCAUCAAUGGCACUGGCCCCUGCAGCUCAUGCAGGUGAUGCAGUGCACCAAUGUUGAGCUGCCUUUGGUGGUGGAGAGCGUAGCCCUAGAAGCUGCUGUUGCUGGUGGGUGGAAAGCUACUGUGCAUCUUCUGGAUAAAAUGCAAGGUCGGGCGCAAAGCGAUGGUGCAGUGAUGGCGGUGGCAACGGCGGCGUGCUGUCAGCAACAACAGCAUGAGCAGCUUCGUAAGCUGUUGGAUGACAGCCAAGACGCUACUGUGAAGGCACUUUGGCACACCCGGCUGUUCUAUGAAAGCCGGGAUUGCUUCUGCUGAGAUUCUUUCAAACCUUUCACUCCCUUAGUGGGAUGCGGCACCUGUGCACGAGUUCAGCCUCAGAGAGGGC